GCGUGUGCGGGUGAGGCCAGGGGUGGGGGGCGGGCACUCCCACCGCACAAGCCGCUGGAGUUGGGGGGCAAGCGCGAUGGUGACGCGCGGCCCUCACGUGAUCUGGAGCUGCAGAGCGACGCAGCCUUCGGUGCAGUAGUCAUUCCCGUCUGGGUACCCGGCUCCCCGCUGUCCUGCGCCUGGCGGGCUGGCAUCGGGCCCGAGGAAAGCGGAGCAGGUGUCAAGUGUCGCGGCGGCGCACUCACGGCGAAUCGGGAGAAGGAGGAGACAGCAAGGAUAGGCCCAGAAAAACAACCAGGAAAAAAAAAUCUCAUGGCAAAUAUCCACCAGGAAGACGAAGAAAUGGAGCAGCCCAUGCAGAAUGGAGAGGAAGACCGCCCUUUGGGAGGGGGAGAAGGCCACCAACCUGCAGGAAAUAAUAGACGGGGACAGGCUCGCCGACUUGCUCCUAAUUUCCGAUGGGCCAUACCCAAUAGGCAGGUCAAUGAUGGGAUGGGUGGAGAUGGAGAUGAUAUGGAAAUGUUCAUGGAGGAGAUGAGAGAAAUCAGGAGAAAACUUAGGGAGCUGCAGCUGAGGAAUUGUCUGCGUAUCCUGAUGGGGGAGCUCUCUAAUCACCAUGACCAUCAUGAUGAAUUUUGCCUUAUGCCUUGACUCCUGCCAUUUUCCAUGAGAUUAAUACUGUGAUUCACACUGUUUUCUUUUUCCUUGCAUUUUCCUGAUAUGCCUUUACUGAUCCGUUUGCUGUGAACCUUAUGUAAUUUCCAUGUGUCAGGUGGGUUCUGUGUUACCAGAUUCCAAAUGAAGAUUGCUUUGGCACCCAGUCUAAGUUUCUGUCAACAGUAGAGUCACCCAAUUGCAUGAAAAUGUGUAAGGUUAAUAAAGCAGUUAAAAAACAA